GUUGGCCAGAAAUACCAGCACAAGACGAGCACUUGAUCCAGACUAUAAGCUCGCAUUAUCCCUCUGUUCAGUUCAAUUCCUUUCAAAGAAUCCCAAUCGUCCAUCACCAGAAGCAACCAUCAUCACAAUGCCUCUCCCCCAAAUCUUAGUCGGCAAAGUCGCCGCCAUCACAGGCGGUUUAACCGGUAUUGGCAGGGCCAUCGCCCUCGAAUACCUCCGCCACGGCGCAAAAGUAGCCGUAAACCACCUCGGCGGGCCCAAAGAAGCGCCCCUCAUCGAAGCAAUGCGCAACGACGUAUCUGAGAUUAUCCGAUCCGACAGCAACAGCGACAGCGACAGCGAGCAGAGCAGCAGAUUUAUCCUAGUCGCAGGGGACAUAACACAGCCCGAGACGGGGCGGGAUUUCGUAUCCAAAGCCGUGGAAGCCUUUGGCCGACUCGACGUGUUUGUGAGUAAUGCGGGAGUGUGCAAGUUUGAGGAGUUUCUCGAAGUCGACCCCCCACUCCUCGGCCACACAAUCAACACCAACCUAAGCGGCGCAUUCUGGGCAACACAAGCAGCAGCACGACAAAUGGCACUGGCUCAAUCACCCCCGGGGGGUUCCAUUAUCGGGAUUAGUUCUAUCUCUGCGCUUGUUGGGGGUGGGCAGCAGACGCAUUAUACGCCUACGAAGGCGGGCGUGCUUAGUCUUAUGCAGUCGUGUGCGGUUGCGCUGGGCAAGUACGGUAUCAGAUGUAAUGCGCUGCUGCCGGGGACGAUCCGGACUCAGUUGAAUGAUGAGGAUAUGAGUGAUCCGGUGAAGAGGUCGUAUAUGGAGGGGAGGAUUCCGUUGGGGAGGUUGGGUCAGCCGCCGGAUUUGGCGGGGCCGGCGGUAUUUUUGGCUUGUGAGGAGUUGAGUGGUUAUGUGACUGGAGCGCAGAUACUGGUGGAUGGGGGGGCUUUUGUGAAUCUUCAGUAGAUGAUGAUAUGAUCUGAUGAUGUUAUCUUUAUUGUGGAUUACUUGCUC